GGUCAUUGUUUACAUCCAUCCUUACGUACCGUUUCUGCACCCUGACAGUGUGGCAGAGCUGAAGAACACAGAGAAAGAAACAUCUCACUGUCAAGCUUCUUCCUUUUCUGCCCGACUGUGUUCAUCUUGAAGACUUAGCACCUGUUGUACGGGGAAGAGCACAUCCGAGGGGAAACCUUGAGAAUUUUUUUCGACCAAAUAAUUCUUGUUCAGAUCUUCCAAAAACCAGCUGCCACCAUUUCACCUCCAACAAUCAUGUACAGCUCCACCUGCUCCCGGGCCAAAUUUGGCCAGGAGGCAAGGGAGCCCCUGCACAAGCCAAAAGGAAAAAGCUGUGGUUACUACAUGAGGAUCGUCUUCUUCUUUUCCUCUCUGAUCCAGUCUCUCAUCAUUGUUAGUCUGGUGCUUUUCCUCAUCUAUGGACAGCCAGAGAAGUCUGCAGAGGAGAGGAGGGUUGAGGAGCUGGAGCUGAAUUUCAACAGGAUGAGUGAGAACAACAUCCAGCUGAGGAAGGAGAAAGGCGCGCUGGGAGCUCAGCUGGAUGCUCGCACAGCUGAGAAAGCCGCUCUGCAGAAAGAGAUGGAGAAGCUGAAGACUGAUGCCAACAACACAGAGCACCAACUAAGAACUAAAUUACUUAACUGUGAAAGAAUGAGUGCGACAACACUUUCCAUGAUGGCACGGCGUCCCAGCCCUCCAAUCCAGGCCCCUCCCUUGAUCACCACCAACAGCGAAUUAAAGACGUUGCAGAGCCUCAAUGCUCAGCAGAAAGCUAUGAUCAGUCUCAUUGAGGCAAACUUCACCCAGACGGUUCAGUACCUGAGCCUUGAGAGAGACAAUGCCCUCAAAGACCGAGACACACACCACCAGGAUGCCAUCACCCUGCGCAGAGAGAACACCAUGCUGAAAGAGCAGCUCACAACCUACACCAGGAAGUGCAAAGAGGACUUUGCUCAGUCUUUAGAUGGGAUCACAACAGUAACCAGGGACUUCCUGAACCGAAUCAACAACCUGUUUCCCCACCAGCUGACCUUUCACCUCACCUGUGACAGCCAGCAGGAACAGAUGGAAAAGAUAAGAAACAGCUGCACAAACCUGUCCAAAGAUGUGGAGAACAAGUUCCAGGUGUAUCUAGACAACGUGGGAAAUAAGGUAGCAGAGAUCCAACAACUGUCCAGUCGUCUGGAGGUUCAGAAUUUAUAUCUGACGUCCGACCUGAAGCAGUGCGAACGCAAUCGCAGCGAGACAGUCGCCGACGCUGCCAGGCAGCUACAACUCAAGCAAAAGACUCAUGAUGACCAGGUGGAAAAGUUACUGAUGGAGCAGAAUCGGUUGAGAGACCAGAAGAAGCUGCAGGAAGAAAGUUUGGCCCUGAAAGAGAGAGAACUUAAGAUCCUCCAGCAAAUGCUCCCUGCUCAGCCCAGUUUUAAGUCCGGUGUUCCUAAAACUGCUGGCUUCCAGGGGGCCUCACAGCAGGACAGACAGACAGCAGGACAGACUGCGGCUAACUGGCCUCCUCUCGGAGGAGCACACGGCAACAGCAAAGCUCCAACGGUGAAAUGAAAUAAACCAGCAGAUUAAUAACUGAAGGCACAAGUGGUGAGCCACAGUGGUGGAAGGACAUGUAUAUAUUUCUGAUACAACACACUUCACCAAACACAACCUGUAAAUCCUCGGACUCCAUGUUAAUGACCUAGUUACUGCUAUUGGUUUGUGCAUGCUUUGUUUAGCUCUACUUGGGACUGAAGGUUAAUUUGUGUUUUACUCGUGUUGUUGAGUUUAAACAUUUACUGUGAAAAACCUUUGCAUCUCUAUCCUCAGGUAAUUGUAAAAAUUUCCAUGACACUGGUGUACAUAUUUUCUCUCGUGUGUCACUCACUGUGGUUUGAAUAGGUGGGAAAACAGACACUGGAAAAUCUUUUUAUUAUCAUGGAAUUAAAACUGAAUGACCCAAAUAACUCCUUAACUAUACCGUCCCCAGUCUCUUAUGCCUUCCUGGCAGUAAAAAUAUAACAAAGCCUCAGACAGGACUUUGGGCAGCAGCUGCUCACUUGUCUGCUAUAAACAGAAUAGCCUUAAAAUAGCUGCAUUUAUGUUUCCUCAUGAUUCGUUUGAAUUUCUACCACAACCUGGAUGACAAUACACACAUCCACCGAGUCAUAAAUACAUUGUCGCAGUCAUUAGUAGUUCUAAAUAAUGAACAAUAUAUCAAAAAUGAGAAGGAAGAAAUUUGUCAUAAAUUAGACUGAAAGUUGUAAUUGUUAUGGCUAACUCAACAAAGAAAAGUUUAGACUGUAAGCUUCUUAAUUGCCACUUUUAUGAGGCAUUUUACAAGAACAGAAGUUGUUAUAUGAACUGCUCUCAAGCUUUACUACUUCCUUUUCCUUCCAUAAGCACAAGGUGAUGAGCACAUACAGUAGCAGUACAGCUGCAGACGGCUGGUGUUUUCUCAGGACUUUAGUGUUUAAAUGUAUUCUCUUGGUAUCCAUGAAUGAAUGAAUAAAAAAUAAAUAACACCUUUGAAAUGAAAAUGUAAAAACAAAAACAAAACAUAUUUAUGGGGGUAUAAUUUUGCAAUAAAUGCGUCCACAAAAAAACAUAUACAUAAAAGCCACUCAAUAAUUAGUUGUAAGAUAUGUGUUAUGUACAUACUACUACUACUACAUACUACUAUAAGUACCACUUAUCAUUACUUUUUAUUUACAAGUCCAAAUAUUAAACCAAAUGCCCUUCCUUAUUGCCCCCCACUGACUCAUUUCAUUCUGAUUCCUACACGGGUUGUUUUUCAACUUCUUGAUUUUUUCAGUGUUCCUGAUUCAUGUAUUACUUUGCCUUGACCACAAAUUUCACUGUUUUAAUUUGAAAGUUUAAUUUCUUACACUGUGAAAAAAACUAGACUACUCUGGAUUUUGUAGAUACACUAAAGAUAUUCAUAUUUUAAAUCUCUCAUCAUUGUCACAAAAAAUAGGAUAACUGUUUAUGUUCACACAUUUGCAGUGUAGAAGAGAAGAAUUUAAGUUUUAAGGAUUCAGCUAUUCUUUACUGAUAUAGUCAUAACCAUGCUAUAUUUUCUAACUCAAAUUAAAGCUUAUAAUUCCU